AUGUCUCAACCAAUCAGCGCCGUCUGCUCGAUAUUGUGCCAAAAGCCUUCCACACACGUUAAGGCGGUUUGCUUUCUGAUUUUCCCUCAAAAGUUUUCUGAUUCCUAUGGAAAGUUAGUUAUCACAAGACAGGAAACACAAAUCGCUCUACCUAGCGAAAAUGAAGAAGGUCUGCUUGAGGAACAAGUCAUUGAAGAACCGUCUCCAAAUCUAACUGAAGCACUAGCGGCAGCUGUUGCAGAGAUCCGAAAAGUCCAGGAAACAAUAACUUCUGAUUCCAUCAGUGACCAUGAAGCCUUUGGCAAGUUCAUUGCAGCCAGUUUAAAUAAACUGCCCGCUGCUGAUUCAAUCAUGGCGCAAGGUGAAAUUCAAAGAGUCAUACAAAAAUAUCGAUUAAAUGCGUUAAAUAUGAGCAGUUCUGCUUCUGAGGCUUCCGCAUUAACUGCAAUUCAAUCACCAACCCUUUCUUGGGAUUCACCUCCUGCAACUACUCCUGCAUACAGCACUAGUUACCCGGUCAUGAACGAGGACACAUUUGCAAAUGAUGAUGCUGGUAUCGGAGAUAUUAUCUCGCAAGCAUGGAACUUGACAAACUAA